AUGGCGAACAUCUUGAACCUGGAUGAAUCGUACCGAUUUCUGAGAAUGCUUGGUCUAAUUGCUGGCAAUGCCAAGAACGGAGAUGGCAGCGAGUUGGCAAGUGAACUGAACAGGAUCCUUCAAUGUGGUAUAUCUUCAAUGGCGCGCAAGACGCCGGGGGCGUCCUUUGGGACAUCACAAGUCGGCUGCCGUGUUCUGUGCUUGGAUUUGGUAACGCCCAUCCCACCAAACCUCCUGGCGCGCUGCACCGGCGGCCUGCGCGAGCUGAAUGGCUGCGUGGCUUCGCAGGACGAUCGGCCGGAGGUCUUUGAGCCUCCGUGGCAGUUGCCGGAACCUCGUGCUGGGCAGCAGGUCGAUCUGCCGCGCGUCUCAUCGCAGCUGAAACGAGCGGUGCUGGAGGCUGGAGGCAGCAUUUUGUCCCAAAGUGAGGACCAAAGAUAUCUCAGAGCCGAGUUCCUGGUAGAUGUGCCGUUGCUGGGCCAAGACGCCGACGACGUGGAGUGGUACUUCACUCCCGACGAUCUCAUCGUUCAGUUCCGCGCGGAGCGGCGCAGCGGGCGCGCGGACUUCGGCACCAACCGGCAGCGCUUGGAGGAUGACGGUAGGGGGGGGGGAGCUGGAGGAUAUCAAAACAGCAAAGUCUGGGAAGAUAUGGGAAUUUUAUGGAUUUUAGAUGAUUUUGUAGGGACUGUAUGGGGAUAUAACAGUUUUAUGUAA